AUGAAGAGCCUCAACCGGUGGCUGUACGGCCCAACUCCCGAAGAGCGCGUGCGCGAAUGGCGGAGGAAACUGCGUCAGAACCAGCGCGAGGUGGACCGCGAGAUUGCGAAUCUCGACCGCGCAACACUCAAGUCACGCGGUGAGCUCAAGACGUUAGCGAAGAAGAACGAUGUCAAGAGCGCACGUAUCCUCGCCAAGGAGAUUGUGCGCGCCAACAAGCAGCGCGAUCGGCUACAGUCCACCAAGGCCCGCAUCAACUCGGUCGACAUGCAGCUGCAGCACCAGCUCGCCAUGGUCAAGGUGACAGGAGCGUUCCAGAAGUCGACCGAGAUCAUGAAGGCAACGAACCAGCUCGUCAAGCUGCCGCAGCUGAGCGCGACGAUGCGGGAAAUGAGCAUGGAGAUGAUGAAGUCGGGCAUUAUGGAGGAGAUGAUGGAAGAGACGAUGGAGGGGCUCGACGACGAAGAGCUGGAGGAGGAGGCGGACGAGGAGGUGGAGAAGGUGCUUUUCGAGCUCACCGAUGGCAAGCUCGGGCAGGCGGGGCGUGUCGGCACCGAGUUGCCGGCCGAGGAGGAGGUCGAGAACGAGGUCGAGAUGGAGCGCAUGCGGCGCGAGAUGAACGACCUGCUCAACGCCUAA